AUGUUAUUGGCUAUUUUGAUCCAUUCGAACCUAAUGGUGUUGAAAUGAGGUGAUGAUAACUCACGUGUUUCAAUUUUUAGAAUUUUGACGAUCUUGAGGAUUGAUUGUGUCUGUCUUUGUCAUAUAUAAAAUCAAUCCAGAAAAAAAUGUCACGAACUGUACCAAAUUGUAAUCGAAGUUUUUUGAUCGAAUCACUUCUUGAAAACAAACGAAUCGAUAAUCGAACAUUUUAUCAAUCACGUGAUUUACAAGUAAAUUUUGGCCGUACAUUUGGCUCAUGUUUUGUUCAACUAGGCAAUACAAUUAUAUAUGCAUCGACAGAAGCAACAUUAGAUGAACCACGAAUUACACGACCAUCGGAAGGACGUUUCAAAGUUAUCAUCAACAUUGGUGCUGGUGGUAAAGAAAAAUGGCUUCGAAAUAUUGAACGCUCACAACCAACCGAAGCAAUAUUGACGACAAGAUUGUUGGAGAAAAUUAUUAAUCGUAUCAAUGUUCUUGAUCUAGAAUCGCUAUGUCUUGUUACCGGUAAAAUGGUAUGGUGUAUUUGUACCAAAUUGGUAUUGCUGAAUUUCGAUGGUAAUCUCAUUGAAGCUGCAUCUAUUGCUACGAUAGCAUCAUUAAUGCAUUUCAAACGUCCGGAUGCAACCGUUUCACCUGAUAAUGGUGAUAUUAUUGUACAUUCAUAUGAAGAACGAAAUCCAAUACCAUUGACAUUAUUUCAUUAUCCACUGUGUGUUACAUUUCAAUUUAUGGAUCGUACACAUUUGAAAAAAAUUCUGACGGAAAACCAGGAAAUUUUACCUGAACAACAUGAACAUUUGGUACGUAAAGCAACACAACUGCUGAUAUGUGAUCCAACUGAAGAGGAAGAAGAUUUUCUUCACAAUGUAUUGAUAAUAUGUGCAAAUGUUUAUAAAGAAAUUGUUGCCAUACAAUCAAUUGGACCAUUAUCAUUACGAUCAUUUUCACAACGUUUAUUACGUUCCUGUACGGACAAAGCAUUUGAACGUGUACGAUUUGUAACCAAUUAUUUAAAACAAACAUUGGAAAUGCAUGUCAAUACCAGUGGACAAAAACAACAACCAUUUGAACGGUAUGGUUUCUAUGAAGCAAUGCUCAAUGGUGAUCUAUGUAUCAUACGUGAUUAUGAUCGACAUCCAGUUCUUGGUGAUGAACAACAUAAUGAUCAUCAUCACAAUAAUGGUGAAAAUGAUAAUGAAAUUUUGGAAAAAAUUCACAAUAUUGAUAUUGGUUUUGGUGGUCCAUCCAAAUGGGCCAUACAGAUAAAUGAACCAUUAGAUAUGGAUGAUGAUGAUGAUUAUGAGGACAAGGAACAUGAAGAGCAACCAAAAAUUGAAAUUCGUACUGCACAAUUGACCGAUCCACGAAUGGAAAAUAAUGAUGAUUAUGAUAUGGAACAAAAAGUCAACAAAUCGAAAUAA